CUUUUUCUUUCAUUUCUUGCCACGGCAUAACCCAACGGAUUAAAAGGCACAUUUCACAAUUACAAAGUCAUCAUGGGAGGGAUCAAACAGGAGCAGAGUGAUGCAUCACAGCAGUCCAAACCGUCACAUUCAGCGGAUCAACCACAGGAUGAGCCAAAGAAGAGAGGCUGGCCAAAAGGAAAGAAAAGAAAGAAGGUGCUACCAAACGGUCCCAAGGCUCCAGUAACUGGAUAUGUUCGCUUCCUGAAUGAACGUCGAGAACAUAUGCGAGCAAGGUACCCUGACCUGCCUUUCCCAGAAAUCACCAAGAGACUCGGAGCCGAGUGGACACGGUUAGCCCCCAAUGACAAACAGCGUUACCUGGACGAGGCGGAACGGGAGAAGAUGCAGUAUGCUCAGGAACUGAAGGAAUAUCAGCAGACUGAGGCCUAUCAGAUCACCAGUUCUAAGAUACAAGACAAGAGGAUCAAGAAAGAAGACACUCCAUCUGUCAUCAUCAGUACUAGUUCAGAGUCAUCUUUAUCAAAGGCUUCUGACCUCACAAGCAGAUUUGACAUUCCUAUCUUCACAGAGGAGUUCCUCGAUCAGAAUAAAGCUCGAGAGGCUGAGCUGCGCCGGCUUCGUAAGGCCAACAUUGAGUUCGAGGAGCAGAACGCAGUGCUUCAGCGGCACAUUAAGGACAUGUACAACGCUAAAGAACGGCUGGAGGCGGAGCUGGGGAUGGACGAGAAGCGUACCCAGGCUCUCCACCAACACCUGCUGGCCAUUAAAAACACACUGGUCAACAGUCUGUCGUCAGUCCCCCUGCCAGGCACAGGUGAGACCGCAUCUCAUGGGAACCUGGACUCAUACCUGAGUCGUCUCAGUGGAGUGCUGGAGGGGAACCCUCACAAGCACCGUGCACUGCUGUCCCAGCUGUGUGAAGUCCUCUCUCACCUGGACAGUGAGAAGUUAUGAGGAAACUUCAGCUGGACACCUUUUCAUUCCUGCAUCAGAGGGACACGUGACAGGCUCGCUGGUAUUAGGUCAAGUCAGUGCCAUUCAACACAGUAUGCUGAUAUCUCAAGGAUAGUAAAGGCUAAAGGGUAAAACGCUUCAGAACACCAAACACAGUCCAUGUCUACAGGCCUCUUUAUCAAUAUGUGUAUCCUGUAGAAUAUGUGUAUUCAUGCACAUGAGUUUUUGUGAAUGUAAAUCUGUGUGGUAGUGUCGAGGGUUUUUACAAUUCAGGAAUUUUAUAUAAAAGUAAUGUAAUUUUAUCUUCUGAACUGCUUUAAUUAAACUCGAUUAAGCCUAAA